AUCAUACAUCUUUGACCGGUAUAUUUACCAACGUUCAAGCAGCAUUGCAAACUGCAGACUGCAGACGGCAUGACUCAUUAUAAACAGACAGAUCGUCGAUGCAGGUGUUCUCGGCACUUCAAUGCUUGAUCUGACUCAAUCUCACUCAGUCAGGGGCCCAGCCUCGUAUUCUCGUGCUUAUCAGACUCGACUCCGACGGGUUCCCGACCAUCACCGCUGCCAGUCCCCACUUGGUGCACCGCACGGUCGACCUCUCACCGUGACUCAAGAACCUCUACGAAUGUCAAAGAGCUAGCCAGGCAUUGGCCCGGUACGUCUUAUAUAAGACCAGCCGGACGCGACAGCCCAGACCGCAGUAAAAUGUCUAGCCAUCGACCACACCGACCCUGUCAAUCAUGGCAUGGGAUUUGACAUCUCCGUCGUCCCCAUCUUGGGUGCUGGGUCCCUCCACCCUCUUCAUCGUCUCUGCUGUAUGGAGAUGCAUCCGGUUGCGUCGGGAGCCUGUCAAAGUGAUCCCCAAUUAUAGGGGGCUCUGGAAAUUGCUGCUUGCUCUUGUGCUUGCUGGACUCAACCUUGUCGCCCUGAUCUCGCUCAUUGCCGCGCACAAUCCGAUAGUCAUCGCCGCCUCCGCAGUCGCGUUUACGGCCUCGCUUCUCGUUCCGCUCCUGUCAUUCCUUGAGCAUGGCCGUUCCGUCAGCCCAUCCGCAACUCUGAACAUCUAUCUCUUGGUGGUCCUGGUUGUAGAUAUUGUCCGCCUCGCUUGGGUCCAUAUCAUCAUCAAUGAAGUCUCUCCUCCGUGGAACUUUGCCAUGCCGGUGGUGUCAUUUCUAUUUCUGAUUCUAGAGGCCCACGACAAACGGGCUAUUCUGCGCGAACCGUGGCAGGAUGUGUCUCUGGAGGAGACCACCAGUGUCUUGAGCAAGGCAUUCCUCUGGUGGAUCGUUCCCUUGCUCCGGAAGGGCAAUAAACAGAUCCUUGUCCUCGAUGAUCUCUUUUCUAUGCACAGUGAAUUGUCUGCUCAGUCGCUGCGCGAUCGGAUUUCGGAAUACUGGGGCACGCGAUCAAACCCCAAGGGCAAAUAUAGCCUCCUCCUUGCAACUAUCAAAUCCACCUUUUGGCAUAAUGCAAAGGUCCUCCCAAGUCUGUCUCUAGAGCUCAUCUUCCUAUACACCCAACCUCUAUUCAUCAGUCGCAUGAUCACCUUUGUAACGGCCCCCUUGUCAAAUGAGCAACAACGUUUAGAGGCCUUGAAACUUAUCAUUUCGGUGAUUGGUAUCUUUGUUGGCCAAGCUAUCUGCAAUGCUUUCAGGGAGAUAGCCAAGACUAAAGCCUCCCUGGCGGUCAAAGGGUCUGUGAUAGGCAUCAUCCAUGACAAAGCGUUGACAGUGGGCAACAACUUCCAGGGCUCUGCGGUGACACUCAUUGGCAAUGAUGUUCUGGACAUUGUGCAGUCUGUCCACUGUUUUUAUCAAGUGUUGCUGGCUAUUCUUCAGCUGGUUGUGGGAAUGUAUCUUUUGGCGUCCAAACUAGGUUGGGCGUGUCUUGUUCCUAUCGCGCUAGUUCUUGUGUCGUCGAAGGGCAGUAAUCAUGUCGCAGCCAACUUGGGCCCCAGACAGAUUUUAUGGAGCCAGGCAACAGAGGCACGGGUCUCAUUAACGACAUCUCUUCUCGAAAACAUCAAAAUCAUCAAGAUGAUGGGGCUGUCAGGGCAUAUGGCCACUAAGAUCAACACCGCUCGUGGGAGUGAGUUGAAAUCAAAUAUCGUGUUCAAUCAAAUGUUCGCUCUUUUAAACUUUAUCACCGGGAUGGUCAAGAAUAUGGCCCCCGUCCUGACUCUCGUUAUAUAUGCUAUACAAGCUAAGCUCCGUGGCCAAGACGGACUGGAUACUAACACGGCCUUUACUUCGAUUGCCAUUAUUACAUAUGUGACGCAGCCAGUCAAUGUCGUAAUCUCCCAGAUUCCUGCCCUUUUAUCGUCACUUUCAGGCUUCGAACGAAUCCAGGAAUAUCUGUUGAACCCAUCUCACCAGGACAGACGUGUCCUGAUUGGUGCCGGAGCCCAGGCCUCGAAGUAUGAAGAUCGUGAGGACAGCCUGGUCCAAAAUAAGUCUCUUGCUAUAGAGAUUCAAAAAGCAACCAUCCGUCCUGCACCUGAUGCUGAGCCAGUUCUGGAGGACAUCAGUGUGUCAAUCAACCAAGGAUCACUCGUCUUCUGCGCGGGCGCUGUGGGCACUGGCAAAACUACACUCGCCAAGGCCAUCCUCGGGGAGAUCUCUCCGGGCCGCGGUGCUAUUUUGGUCUCGUCUGCAACUAUCGCAUAUUGUGCGCAGUCAGCUUGGCUCAUGAACGGUACAGUUCAGCAGCUAAUUUGCGGCCCUCCUGGCUCAGGAGAGAUCGAUCAACUGUGGUAUCAGAAGGUCGUGUAUGCCUGUGACUUGAAGGAAGAUAUCCAGAGAAUGCCACAGGGCGAUAAGACGGUGAUUGGCAGCGGUGGAAUUGUACUCUCUGGUGGCCAGCGCCAACGGGUUGCUCUUGCGCGUGCGGUCUAUUCGAAACUUAGCAUCAUGGUCCUCGACGAUGUCCUCAGUGCAUUGGAUGCUCAGACAGAGUCCCGUAUCGUUGACCGAUUGCUCGGAGAAAACGGCCUCCUUCGCAGAAUCGGAGUAACAGUAUUUCUGAUUACCCAUACUACACAACACUUCCCACUGGCUGAUUAUAUUGUGGUUCUGGGAGAUGAUGGGCGGGUCUCUGAACAGGGAACUUGGGAGCAACUUCGAGCUCAAAGCGGAUAUAUCAGCAAGCUGAUUCUUCAUGAGCCUGACAGGAAAGACCAGGAAAAUGCCGACGAAAGUGAGAACAGCGAAAUCAAAACGCCCUCUUCAGAUGAGCCGGAACGGUCAAUGGAUCUAGUGCGACAGAAAGGAGACCCUUCGCUUUAUUCAUACUACUUCAACUCCAUGGGCAAGCUAAAUGCUGCGAUCGUCAUGUUUGCGAUGGCCGCGAUGUCUGUGUUCAGUGUGGUGACCCAAUACUGGCUCAAGUGGUGGACGGAUGCAGAUGGCUACUGGCCGCAGUGGUUCUAUAUGACGAUCUACAUUUUGCUGGCGCUGGCCACUUGGGUCACGAACGUCAGUUGGGUCUACAUGCUCCUUGUUCAUCUCGCUCCCAAAUCUAGCAUGGAGAUUCAUCAGCGCCUGCUGCGUACUGUCAUCCGUGCGCCGUUGUCCUUUUUCACAUCCGCGGAUAACGGCACAACUUUGACACGGUUCAGUCAAGAUCUCAAGCAAAUCGAUCGAAUGCUUCCUGGGGCAUGUGCAGCCACGGGUCUCAAUGUAUUCAGACUUAUUGGACAGCUGUUUCUGCUAAUCGCAACCCAGAGAUACAUGGGCCUCACCUUUCCCUUUUUAUUGCUGGCUCUUUACGGGAUUCAGACUUUCUAUCUCCACACGACUCGACAACUCCAAUGGCUAGACAUGGAGUCGGCAUCUCUGGUCAGCAACAGCUUCUUGGAUACUAUUGAAGGAUUGACGACCAUCCGUGCGUUUGGCUGGGAGCAUGCAUUUGCUACAGACAACAGCAGGCGCGUCGACACUUCCCAAAAGCCCGAGUACAACCUUGAGUAUCUUCAAGCGUGGUUGCACCUCGCCAUGGAUCUCAUCAUCGCUGCAUUGGCCCUUUCAUUUGUUUUGUUUACCAUACCCUACAGGGAAUCCUUAAGUGGUGGCGAAGUUGGAAUUGCCUUGAACGUGCUUAUAACCGCAAGUAUGACAUUGUUGAUUACAUUGGAUCAAUGGACACGGCUGGAAGCGUCACUGGGCGUGAUAUCACGCGUUAGAAACUUCGAAAAGGAUGUGGCGCCUGAAAGCAAGCCAGGCGAGAGCCAAGAGCCCCCCACAAACUGGCCUGACAAAGGUACAGUUCAGUUCACAGAGAUUGUAGCAGGUUACAGUUCUGAAUCCACUGCUAUCAACCAUAUCUCCCUACAUAUUUCGCCCGGUGAAAAGAUUGGUAUUUGUGGUCGGACUGGAAGUGGCAAAUCCUCUUUGCUCCUCAGUGUUCUCCGUCUCAUUGAACUUUCUUCUGGAACCAUCAUGAUCGAUGAUCUAGACCUUCAAAAUCUUCCACGCGAGACGAUCCGAUCCCGCAUUAUCACCAUCCCGCAAGACCCUUUGCUCAUGAAGUCCGACACACUCCGUGAGAAUUUAGAUCCAACGGGCACGAUAACCGACGAGAAGAUCAUUGCCACGCUGGAGAAGGUCAAGCUAUGGAGUAUCUUUACCUCCCGAGGGUCUGGCGGUGAAUCGGAUGCGCCGCUUGCUGCUGAAAGCUGCCUCGAUGCCCCAUUGAAGGACUACCCUCUUUCAGCUGGACAGCAACAGCUGUUUUCUCUUGCGCGUGCUAUGCUGAUGCGAUUCACUCGGGGCAAGCUCGUGAUUCUCGACGAAGCGACGAGUAACAUUGACAAGGAAACCGAUGGUCUGAUUCAGGAACUUCUACGGGUGGAGUUCCAGGGGUACAGCAUUCUGACAGUGGCGCAUCGGCUGGAUACUAUUCUGGAUUCUGAUAAGAUUGUUGUGUUGGAGCAGGGAGAGAUUGUGGAAGUAGGUCCGCCGCAGGCAUUGCUAGGGAGGGAGCAGGGUGCAUUUAAAAGUCUGCUUGGGAAGUAGUGCUAGCAGUUGGUUAAGAUCUCUAUCAUGUUGACUCGUUCCGAUUCGGAUGUUUAUAGCUUCUAUGACGACUGCUACUAAGUAUAUUGUCUACCAAGAUAGCAAGACAUUAACAGGGUUUGCAGCCCAAUCAUGCUGUC